UUUUGGGUAGCUAUAUAUAUGCAUGCAUACCCCCAACAAUUGAACACACAAAUAAUUCAUAUCAAUAACCUUUUUACAAACCACAAUCCCAGCACCACCCACCAUCAUGGCGGGAUCUAAAGCCAAAACUAACAAAUAUGCUUUGGCUUGUUCUAUCUUGGCUUCCAUGACAUCUAUCUUGCUUGGAUAUGAUAUAGGAGUGAUGAGUGGUGCUAUAAUAUACAUCCAGAAGGAUCUGAAAAUCACAGACGUGCAAACGGAGGUGGUAAUGGGAAUCCUCAAUCUCUAUUCUCUCAUUGGCUCGGCCGCCGCCGGCCGCACCUCCGACUGGAUCGGCCGUCGCUACACCAUUGUGUUUGCCGGAGUUAUAUUCUUCGCUGGAGCUCUGCUUAUGGGGUUUGCCACCAACUACGCUUUCCUCAUGGCGGGCCGGUUCGUCGCCGGAGUUGGCGUCGGUUUCGCUAUGAUGAUUGCUCCCGUUUACGCGGCCGAGGUUUCGCCGCCUGCUUCUCGCGGGCUCUUCACUUCUUUGCCGGAGGUCUUCAUCAAUAUCGGCAUAUUACUCGGCUACGUAUCCAACGUGGCCUUCUCGGGGCUCCCACUAGACAUCGGAUGGAGACUCAUGCUCGGAAUCGGGGCGGUCCCCUCCGUCAUCAUCGCCCUAGGCGUCCUCUUCAUGCCCGAGUCACCCCGGUGGCUUGUCAUGCAGGGGCGCCUCGGUGAUGCCAAAAAGGUCCUCGGCAAAAUAUCCAACUCCCCCGAGGAGGCCAGCAUCCGCCUCAUCGAGAUAAAGGAAGCCGCGGGAAUCCCCGAGAGCAGCCACGACGACGUGGUCCCCGUCCCCAAGCGCAACCAUGGGGAGGGCGUGUGGCGAGAGCUACUCAUCAGCCCCACCCCGGCGGUGCGCCACAUCCUACUCUGCGCCAUCGGUAUCCACUUCUUCCAGCAAGCGAGCGGUAUCGACUCCGUCGUACUCUACAGCCCGGUGAUCUUCGAGAAGGCCGGCAUCAAGAGCGACUCCGAUAAGUUACUAGCGACCGUGGCCGUCGGAUUCACAAAGACGGUUUUCAUCCUCGUCGCCACGUUUUUGCUCGACAGGGUAGGCCGGAGGCCGAUGGUCCUGUCGAGUAUGGGCGGGAUGAUCGUAUCUAUAAUGUGCCUAGCUACCGGGCUCACGGUUAUCGACCAAGCCGACCACAAAAUCAUGUGGGCCAUAGCUUUGUGUACGGCGUCGAUUAUGUUCUACGUGGCGUUUUUCUCGAUCGGGAUGGGGCCGAUUGCUUGGGUGUACAGUUCGGAGACAUUCCCGUUGAGGCUUCGGGCGCAAGGGUGCAGCAUGGGGGUGGCGUUAAACCGGUGCAUUAGUGCAUUGAUAUCAAUGACGUUUAUAACCCUGUACAAGGGUAUAACUAUCGGGGGCGCGUUCUAUUUAUACGGUGCGAUCUCCAUCGUGGCGUGGCUGUUCUUCUUCACUCUACUCCCCGAAACUCAAGGGAAGACGCUCGAGGAAAUGGAGUCGUUGUUCGGAACUUUCUUCAGGUGGAGAACGACGCUAAGGGAAUUGAACGAGAGAAAGAGGGAAAAGAAUAUGAUCGAAAUGUCGUCGUGAUGAACGGUGAGAGUUCGGGUUGCGGUGAUGUGUAUGUGGUUGUGUAUAUGUAAAUAAAUUGCUUAUUGAGAUGCAGUUUGUGGUUGUGGAUAUGUAAAUAAUGUGUAUUGAGAAUGGUUUCCCGGUUGGGUGUUUCGGGGGUACGGUAGGAAAAGUAGAUGCUACACCUGAAAUGGAAUGGUUUGGAACCGUAGAUCAGAUCGACAAAUAAUCACAGCACACCUCAUGUGUAUGUGUUCUUAGCGCGUCGUUAUUUAAUAAAAUCUACGGUUCGAAUCUACGGGGUGCAAAAUAAUCAGGUGUAGCAUCGAAUUCCUCUGGUACUUGCUGUAAUAAUGUAAUAAAUCUGCCAUUAUUAAUACAUAAUAAAUUAGUUUUCUAUUUU